AUGGAAGAUCUCAACAUUCAACAUAAUUCGCAAUUGAAUGAACAAGAAGCAGUUAUUGAACCGGUUAUAAUUAUACAUAAUGAACAAGAGAAUAUAAAAAUUUAUCUAUUCCUUAUCUAUUACAGAUUAAUCAUAACAAAGGAACUUUCAAGUAUACUUUAUGAAAUAAACUUAAAGGAAGCCUUAGAGGUUGCUUUACCUAUCAUUAUCCAUUUGAGUAACGAUAAAGAAGAAUCAAUUAGAGAAAAAUUAGCUGAGGAAUUGGGUAAUAUCAUGCUAUUUUAUUAUAAGAAUGCUCCUCCAUUAUUGGUAAACUCAAAAACAGUCAUGACAACAGAAGAGACACCAGAUGACAGUCAAAUAGUAGAUCAUCAUCAUCAUCAACAGCAACAGCUUCAUAUACCUCAGCAUACUUUUAGUUUUAUGAUUAUUGACUUUUUAUUGGAUCAAAAUACAGCCACAGCGUCUUAUGCACAACAGUCAGUAGUGACUAUAGCAGCUGAGCUACUGUUAUUAGCUGAUAAAAAUAGCGAAAAAUAUCAAUUUUAUCGUGAUUUAUUACAUCUUGAAAUCUAUGAAGGCAUUGUGUUGGGUUUAAUUCGUAUCUUUGAUUACAAGUUAUCUGAAGACGAAACUAACUAUUCCGAUCAUAGACAAUUAUCUGAAAGUAUCUACAACGAAGAUAGUUCCGUUUUAGGAAAAACGGCGUCAUCAAUCAUGUUGAAAAAUGAAGAGUCAGAAGGGAACUAUCAAAAAGGGGGUCAUUUCUCUAUCCUAGUUCCUUCAGUUGCUACUAACUUCAUUUUACAUAACAAUUAUGAUCACAGUGGAAUUAAUUUAGCAAAGAUGGUUUGCUUAAUGUUAAUGUCAGCACUGAUGCCAAUAUUUGGAUCUGAAGGAUAUGCAAAGAAAUUCUUACCUAUUAUAGAAAGUAUGGUAACAGAUUCGAUGUUUUAUGUAAGAAAAGAAGCUGCUACUGCUUUAGGAAUCCUUGCUAAUACUGUUACACUCGAUAUCACAUUAGAAAAACUAUUGCCUCUAUUUUUAAAAUUAUCUAUGGAUACAACAUGGCAUGUCCGACGUUCAUGUGUCCUUGCAUUACCUCUUUUCUGUAGUGUACUUCCUAAAGAUAAAAAGAGAGAGAUUGCAAUCAAAAGUGUUGAACAUUUCAAUAGCGAUUUUUCUCGAAAUGUACGUUAUUCGUUAACUGAUAUUAUAGGCGAGCUUAUAUCAAAAUUCCUACCUACGGAUGAAGGAGAAGAAGUUUUACCUAAAGAGCUUUUAGACUAUUUUUUAUUUCUCUGUGGUGGAAAUAAUGAUAGUAGUAGUAGUACUCAAUUUUUCACUUCAAAUAGGAUUGGUAAAAUAGAUACAACAGAACAAAUUCAUAACUGCGCCUAUAAUUUUCCUGCUGUUGUGUUGACAGCAGGUGUAAACUAUUGGGAUUCACAUCUCAAAGAUAUUUAUUUACAGCUGACAAGGGAUUAUCAGUUCAAGGUACGUCGAACAUUCGCUUAUUCAUUACAUGAAAUUGCUCGUAUUAUUGGACCAGAACGCACAGAGCGCGACCUUGUACAGAUCUUUGCUCUCUAUUUAAUGGAUUUAGAUGAAGUUAAACAAGGUGUCAUUGAACAUCUUUCUGAUUUUUUAGCUGCCUUGACUAUUGAAUCUCGAAAUGAAUAUAUUCCUAUCCUAGCUGAGGUCUGGGAUGGUGUACUAAAUAACUGGCAUUUACGACAUACAUUGACAUAUCAGCUACGUGAUAUUGCUAAACUUUUUGAUGCAACCAGGGUCAUUGACUCUAUCUUACCGUUAGCAAUUAAAUUUUGUCAUGAUGAAAUUGCGGCAAUUAGAGAAGCAGGUGUUGACAUUUUUCCCAUUAUUUUAGAUAUUGUAAAAAGAGCAGUUGAUGAUGAAAAUAGAGAUCACUUACUGUCCGAGUACAUGAAGGAAACCAACAACCAUAAUAAUCAUGAUUUGUAUGAAAACCGACAUAAACACGCAUUCACAUUAUUAAAUCAUGUUAUGGAGGAAAUGAAUAAAUUUGUUACUUCUGAUGCAUAUCGCUCAAGACUUGUAUUUGCACACAUUUGUCAAUCUUUACUUCUUGCUGGCAUAACGCCAACUGAUUUUGCAUCUUUCUUUUUAACUCAACUAGAAAUACUUUCAAGAGAUCAAGUAGUGAAUGUACGUAUUGCUACUUCAAGAGUAAUUCAUAUUCUUCUUACAACAUCUGGGUAUAAGCAAGAGCUAUACACAAUGUCUCAUACAGAUAAAGAUAAAGCAAAUCCAGGAGAUUUAUUGGAUCAAAUACUAUAUAAUUUAGUCAUUGAUAAAGAGGAUGAUGUUCGUUCCUUUAUUAUAGGUGUUAUUAAUGAAAAAGAUAUACUCAGUCGAUUUGAUAAAAUGACAUAUCCUAAUAAAGAAGACAACGAAGAGAAAGCAACAAGUUACAUUAUUAGAUUAUUACCAACUCCUCCACCCAUUUCAUCACACAUAUCGACCGUUACUACUAUUAAAAGCCACGAAGAAGAAAGUGAAAAUAAAAUGAUAAUAGAUAAAGAAAACUUGACUUUUAGUUUUCCAAUGGAUAUUGUUGUAGUCGAUGAUGAAAAUUUACCAGUGGAUCCCCUUUCUUCUUCUUUUUCUUCAAAAAAUUCGUCUGUACAAUUAGAAAUUCAUGACGAAGAUUUAAUUAUGAAUGAUAUUGGAGAAAAAUAA